AUGAACAUCUGCUUGAGCACGAGCGACCCGCCCAUGCCGCCUAGUCAAGAGGGUGUCGUCUGUGGUCCGCAAAAGCCUGGCACCAAGCAGCCAACCGAUGCCACCAAGCUCGCAGACCUUAAUCCCUGCGCUCUAAACACCUGCUGUGAUAUCUGGGGACAGUGUUGUAUCACCGCAGAGUUCUGCACAGGCACCGGAACUGGCAACCCAGGAACUGCUAAGCCCGGUACCAACGGCUGCAUCUCCAACUGCGGCACAAAGAUGUGUUUAGUGACCGGACCUUCGGGCUUUGCGCAACAGGCAGGAAAACUCGACAGUAGACUACAGUAUAUACAAUAA